AUGAUUAUCCCUAUUCGAUGCUUUUCCUGCGGGAAGGUGACCGGGGAUCUCUGGGAGCGAUAUCUCAAACUUAUCGACGAAGGCGUUCAGGAUGGCGAUGCUAUGGACACGCUAGGUUUGAAACGUUACUGCUGUCGUCGAAUGAUCAUGACCCACGUCGAUCUCAUCGAGAAGCUACUCAAGUACACCCCUGACGGACGAAACGACAAGAAGAUUCAACUGCAGCAGAGAUAA